CCUUAUCAUCACCAGCAUUGUCACAAUGCGCCCCGUAGCACUUUGGGACUUGAGACCCCGAUUUCACUUUUCUCCUUCGUCCCUACGACAUCAUUUGACUUUUCCGUCAGGCACAAAUAGGUACUCAACGCUCGAAAAACGGUAACUUCAUCAUCCUCUGCAAUUUUGUACCUCCCAGUAGAGGACACUGAAACCGCGUAGGGCUAUAGCCCAGCUCGGAUACGGCGGCUUCUCAACCGUCCGACUCGCCUGCGACGAAAUCGCACCCAAGUAUCUCGCUGUCAAAGUCGGCAUAGAGAAUUCAGAUCACCGGGAAGUGGACAUUAUAAAUCAUCUUUCCUAUUCGCCUCAUAAAUCAGAACCUGAUGAGAAAGGAUGCAUCCUUCCGAUCCUUGACCAUUUCUGCGUCACGGGGCCGAACGGAACUCACCCAUGCUUCAUCACAGCGCUUGCGCGAUACAGUCUUGGGGACGCACAAGACUCUGCUCAUCCAUACAUGUUUCAGCUUCCAGUUGCGAGAUACGUUGCUGCUCAGAUGGUCAAUGCCGUUAAAUACAUCCACACCCGAGGCUUGGUCCAUGGUGGUGAGCAUUAGCAUUUUCUCAAUGGGACAUUUGCGAGAUGCUGGCUUCGCCAUCAGACCUUCACCUGGGGAACUUUCUUCUCCGCUUGCCAUCCACUGUCGACAAUCUUUCAGAUCAGCAGAUAUACGAGAAAUUUGGUCCACCAAGACCUGAGCCUGUCGUCCGAGAAGACGGGCAACUUCUUUCACCAGGUGUCCCUGGCAACGUCUACUGGCCGAUGUGGAUGGCCAAGGCAAGCGACGAGCUUAGGCUCUCUGAGUCAAAGAUCCUCCUCGCCGACUUCGGUACAGCAUUCUAUCCCGACCUAAAAUUGAGAUUCGGGUCUUCUACGCCUCUUGGCAAAUGCCCGCCAGAGGCACGAUUCGAGCCAACGACGCCACUGUCCUUCUCCGCUGACAUUUGGACUCUAGCUCAUGCCAUCUGGGCAGUGAUGGGACUGAGGACCAUAUUCGGUAGCUUCUUGAUUAGUGAGGAUAAUGUUACUCAAGAACAGGUUGAUACCUUCGGACGCUUGCCUGAUGAAUGGUGGAGCAAAUGGAAUGCGAGAUCUCGGUGGUUCAUGGAAGAUGGAUGCCACAAGAACGAUGGAUGCCCAGAGAAGUUGGAGGGGCGUUUCAAGUCAAGUAUUUAGGACCCAAGACGCAAGUAUGGCAUGGAUAUUCCGGGUGAGAAGGAAAGUUACGCCUUUAAAGAAAUGAUACGGUGGAUGCUAUCUUACCGCCCUGUCGAUCGACCAACCGCAGAGCAGCUUUUAUUAAAUACCGAAUGUAUGAAAUGCUGGGCGAUACCCGAAUUUGAAAACAUUCACAAAUAAACUAAACGGUCUGAACACA